AUGUAAUAGUAACUUCUGAAUCCUCUGCCAAAUAUCAAUGAGAAAUACAUGAUUAAUAUUAAUGGGAAUGACAUUUUACCUAACAGUGGGAGAAAAUCUUCCUAGUACGAUGAAAGACCUUCAGAAUAACGAAGAAGAGAAGAGCAGAAGUAGGAGCUGUCUCAUUAUAGAGAUUUAUGUGAGCAAUUGAAUAAAGAGAAUUUGUUACUUAAAUCCUUCCAAAUAGAAAAUAAUGAGUUAAAAUAAAAAUAAUUGCUCAUGAAUGUUGAGUUAUCGGCUGCCCAAUAGGAACUCUCGAGAAUCAGAAACCAAUUUGGAUCUCAAUAAUCAACUGAUAGGCAAGUUUAAAAAAUUUAACAAGAUAAUUUAAAUUUGUAAUAGUAAAUUAGUGACUUAAACAAAUAAAAGCAGAAUCUAGAGGCAGAACUGAAGUUAUUCAAAGAAAACCGGUUAACUUAGACUAUUGAAAUACCAGAUAUGAAUGCUUCAGUGUAUCAGAGAAAAAUAAAAGAAAUGGAGGAAGAUAUUUAAAUUUUGAUUGAUGAUUAUAAUAGUAGUUAAGAAAAAUUAGAAAAAGCUUUGAAUGAAUAAAAACAAUAAUUCAAAUCUGACAUUGAUUAACUCAGAAGUCAGAACUAGUUGAUGUCUGCAGAGAUCUCGGGAUGGCAAUAAAGGUAUAACAAUUUAGAAAUAAUGAAGAAUGAAUUAUCUAACAAAUUAAUUAUUCUAGAAAAAGAAAAUUAAUAAUUAGUGUAUAAAACUAGAUAUGAUGAAUCCUAGGCUAAUCUAGAAAUCAUAUCCUAAUUGAAAGAUCAGAUCACCUAAUAAACCAAAUCGAUUACCAACUUAAAAGCAGAAUUAUAGUAGAAAUAACAAAGUGAAUCUUAAUUAAUUUAUGAAUAACAAAUUAUUAAAUAAAAAUUAGAGUAAUUCUAAACCCAAACACUGAAUUCAUAAAAAAUAGAUAAUCAACAAUAUAAAAAUGAAAUUUCUAAAUUGAAAUAGGAAAUAGAAUAAUUGUAAUUAGAACAAAAAGACAAUGACUUUUACAAAACUAACAUAUACAAUUUAAAGGAAGAAUAACUACUUUAGUAGAUCGACUCUCAAUAAGAGGAGAUUAAAAGACUAAGGGAAGAAUUAAUAUCUUAGGAGGAGCAACACACUAAGAGGUUGAAAGAUUAAGAACAUCAUUUCUAAAUUGAAAUCAAAAGUAUCAAUGAGAAAUAUGUUGUUUUACAAAAUGAAAUUAAUUGUAAACCUUAAUCUUAUGAAGAAAGUAGAAUUAAAUUCUAAACUUAAUUAGAAGUCAAUAAUUAUGAAGCAUAAACAGAAAAAUUAAAAAGAGAUAUUCGCUAAAUGGAAUAGCAAAUGAAAGAGCAUGAUAUUCAAGUUAAGCUUUGGUAGGAGAGGUUUUAUGAAUAGCAGACAUAAAAUGAAGAUUUGAGAUACAAACAUCAAGAAUUACGAAAUUAAAUCAGCUAGUAUCUUAGUUAUAAAACUUAAAAUGAAUACGAUUAAAAGACCAUUCAUAACUUAGAGGCCUUAGUAGAAGAAUAAUAAAAUAUAAUGCAUACAUUAUACCAAAAAGAAUAGCAUUAUAAAGAGACAAUCACAAAAUACAUUUAGAAAAUAGAAGAAUUUUAGUAUGUAAAUAAUGAAGAAUCAGUGAAUUAGAUUUAAUAACUGUAAUUUUAAUUGGAUCAAUUGUAAAUUAAGAUCAAAGAACAAGAAGCUUAAUUAAACAUUAAAUCGACAUAAAGUUUUGAUUUGGAAACAUAGAUUGAAAUUGAAAAACUUAAAUUUUCAGAAAGAGAAAUCCUUAUUUCAAAAUAAUAAAAAUAAGAUAAAAAAAGAAUACAGCAAUUAGAAUUGCAAGUUGAAAACCUUUAGAAAGAUUAUGCUUUACUAAGUCAGAAGAAGAAUGAAGUUAUCAAAGAGUAUGUUUAAGUAGAAAAUUAAUAAGAAAAAGAAAGAAUUAUUUAAUUAGAGCAAUCCUUAUCAAAUCUUCAAUAAGAAUAUGUCAUUAUGAAUUAAUAGUAUCUCAGUCUUCAAAAUCAAUGUAACACUUUAAUUAUUAGAUCAGAACAAAGCAAAGGAUCUGAGGAGGAUAAAAUUAAAAUAAAGUAAUUGGAAGAAUAACUAAGAAUAAUGAAGGAUCAAUACUUUGAGUUAAAUUCAUUGAAAUAAUAAGUGUUGAAGGAAGUUGUUAAAGAAGUUAUUGAAGUCCCAUCAGAAAGUGAUUAGAUGUUAAUUAAGUAGUUGAGAUAGGAAUUACAAUAAUUAUAGGCAGAAUAUAUGAUAUUAAAUAAUCAAAAGCGCAAUUAUGUUGAGGUGUAAUCUGAGGUUGAUAAAAAUAGGAUUAAAGAAUUAGAACGAUAAUUGAUUAUCUUAAGGCAAGAUUAUGAGGAAGUUUGUAAAAAGAAAUAAUUAACAAUAACAGAGUUUACAGAGGUUUCUUCAAAAUAAGAUUUGUAUAGGAUUUAAUAACUGGAGAAAACGGUUUAACAAUUACAAGAAGAAAAUUUCAAAUUGCAAAUUUAGUAUUCUGAACAACUUAAGAAAUCUGUUAUUAUUAAUUAGGAUUUUGAAUAAGUUUAAGAACUUUAAUUUUAAUUAACUACAUUGAGAGAAGAAAAUAAAAAAUUGUAUUUCCAAUUGAAUUAAUAAAAUGAAUCUCUAAAGAAGUCAUCUAGUUCUGAUUUUCUAAAGAUCUAAUAAUUAGAACAGAAGAUCAGGAAUUUAGAAUAGAGUAAUUUGGAGUUAUAGAAAUUACAAUCUCAAAUUAAAAUAGUUAAGGAAACUGUUGAAGUAAGUAAGGAUGAAGAUUUAUUCAAGAUAUAAUAGUUAGAGUUAUAACUAUAAUUAAAAACUGAUGAUAUGUAGUAUCUAGAGAAGUAAUUAAAUCUUUAAAAGAAAAAUGUAGAAGAAUUAAUAUCUGCAAAUGAAAAAAUGAAAUAUGAAAAUACAAAAAUGAGAUCAUAGUUAUAUGAAUUGUAAUCCACUGUUGAUGAUUUGUAAUUUAAGAUUAAGGAGAAUAGUAAGUCUUAGGAAGAAAUUAAAUAUUAUUAAUAGAUGAUCAGUUAAUAUGAACAAAGAGACAAAAUGAAAAAUGAUUCACAAAAAGUGAUUAGUGAAUUGAAGAGCAAAUUAAAUGAAUCAGAAAACCAGGUAAAAAGACAAUGGGGAGAAUUUGAAUUAAGCAAACAAGAUUAUGAAUUUAAAUUAAAAAGCCAAGAUACAAAAUAUAGUCAAUAGAUUUAAUAAUUAUAAUAGGAAUUAUAAUUCAAAUUAUAAUCAAGUGAAUAAGAAAAUUUAAUUUGCAAAAAUACAUGUAAAUAAAUCUAAAUCUAGAAUGAUGAAAUGCAAAGAGAAAUCAAAAGAUUAUCUGAUUUGAUAAGACAAAAGAAUGAUGAAAUUAGGAAACUGAAUGAAAACAUACAAAUAUAUUCUGUCAAAAUCGAUUAAUACUAAACCAAUUUCAAAGAAAAUUAAAUAUAAAUACAAGAAAAUAAUGUAUAACAAGAAAAAAUGUCUUAAUUAAUGCAACAUUGUACUAAAUUAGAAAAUGCCUUAAAAUAAUUUGAAGAAGAAAAAAAAAUUGAAAAUAAAGAGCUUCAUGAACAUUUCAAUAAAAAGAUGAUGGAAGUCUAAGAAAUUAUCCAUAAAAAAGAUGAUGAAAUCUAAUAGCUGUCUAUUUACAUUGCAAGUCAACAGCAAUAAAUUUAAAAUUAAGAGCUUGCUAAGAUUUAAUUUGCUAGAUAAGAUGACAAUUAACAAUUUUUGAUUGAGUUGUAGAAUUAAUUAAGUAUAGUAAAACAAGAAUUAUUGAGGUAAACAACUUUGAAAGAAGAAUAUUAAAAUAAAAACAAUGAAUUAAUAUUAAAAAUGGCAGAAUAUGAAUAAGGGAAUAGAGUUUCAGUUAAACCUGAUUACUAGUUGACUGAAAGACUCAAAGGGGCAAGUAGUUAUAGGAAUCUUGCUAAUGUUGAAUACAAUUUGAAUGAGUCACAAUUCUAAAAGUCAAAUUAAAAUUAAAUGAGAACAAGAGAUUCAACAAGCCUAUAUAAUCCUAAGCCCAAUAAUUUUAAUCCUCUAAAUUCUUCUAUUAUAAAAUAAAAAGUAUUUACUCAAAAAAAGAGUUAAAUAUAUUGA